CGUGACCCACAGAUCACAAGAGCUCCGAUCGAGUACCUUGGCACACACAUAUAUAUCCUGAGCCUUGCCUUCCUACUGAGCGUAGCUCGCUCGACCGCUAGCAAGCUAAGGCGCCAAGCAAGACACCCGAUGGCCGGAAGGAAGCAGGUGAGCUACGCGGUCGCCGUCGCCGUCGCCGUCGCGCUGGUGGCUAUGCUGGUAGUGGCGACCGCGGCGGAGGACAACUGCGGCAUCAGAGACAAGGGCGCGGUGAUGAGUGCGUGCUUGUCCUACUGCGCAUACGGUAGCAAGGAGCACCAGUGCUGCGACCCCCUGAGACAGGCCGACGUCGCAUGCCUCUGUCGCAACUACUGGAGCGCGCUCCAGAAGUCGCGCUACGCCAGCUGCGCCAACAAGAUCGAGUCCAAGUGCGGCAUCAGGUGCUAGUCAUGCUAUAGACGUAUCGAUCUAUGCACGUACCCUUUUUAUGAUUUGCAUCGUGUUUAAAAUCAGUGUGUAAUAGUAUUUAAGGACGUCGUGGAAGUAUAUGUACCGUGUUGUGGGUCUACCGAUUUGCAUUCUAAUAAAAAGCUCUUUAAUUUA